AUGUUAACAUCUGUGGUAUUAGGUAAAAGGUCAUUUGCGGAUUCUCUAGAAACUGUCUUUGCAAACCUUCCUUCUUUACGGUCUAUCAAGUUGGGUGAAUUCUCUUUGUGUGGAAGACAUUAUGAUAGUAGAUGUUCCUUAACAAUGAGAGAUCUUCCAAAAUUAUCGAGGCUGAUUUCUAAGGGUAGCUCAUUAAGAGAUGCACGUACAGUAAUCUUAAAAAAUAUCCCAAGUUUAGAAACUGUUUGUCUACCUUCUGCAUUCAAUUUAGUUAGUGAUAAGAGUAUACACAAUGUAUCAUCCUCUUUAACACGACUCCUCUGAUCUGGAGAUUGACAAGCAUUAUUCUUUCCUUAUUAUUCGUGUAAUGAAUAAGAAGUAUUUCU